AUGGAUACUGCUGCAAUGAACAUGAUCAAAAUCUUCUUCAUUCAUUAUGGUAACCAAGAAAAGGACUUAUCUGCAGGAAGUUCAAGUGUUUAUGCUAUCCUAAGAAACUGGAAAACUUCCCAUUACAGGACCUUUCUUGAAGGAAGAUAUGCAGACCCUUAUCUAUUUGUUCCCGGCAUCUAAUCCAAAUUUGAUUUCCCAGACAUAUUCCUUUUUUAUCUUGGAAUUUUUGUUGCAGACUUAUGGCAAGGAACUUCUGGAGUUGCAUGAUAUC